AAUGUCUUGGUCCUGUUGUACUCGCCAUGGCACCGCAGCGGUACAUCUCCACCAACUCACAGAAAGUCACUUCAGCUUCACACCCUGGUCCCUAUGUGUGAUGGUGGGUCCCACUGACAAAACCAGUUGAGAAGCACUGCCUACAGUACAGUAUGCCCUGAACUCUGGUACUGUACUCCUAAGGAAUAUACUGGAGAGCCACACAAAUUUGAUCCUUCCUUCAGAGGUCCAGUGCGCAGAAGACGUCACACAGAGCGCUGAGCAGUACGUCAACGUUAUCGCCAUAUUGGAUGUGGCAAGAGUCGGAGCUGAGAAGAGGCCUCAUUCAUGUGCUGCAAACCAAAUACCAGGGGAUAACAUUUCACAGAAGAUGCACCGAUGUCUUCUGUUGUUUCAUCUUCAUCCUUGUCGUUCUAUCAUACAUCACCCUUGGGAUAGUAGCCUGGUUACAUGGUGACCCCAGGAAGGUUCUCCAUCCAACCAACAGUAAUGGCGAGUUUUGUGGUCAGAAGGGGACCUCCAAUGCCAAGCGGCCAAUUCUCUUCUAUUUCAACAUCAUAAAAUGUGCCAGCCCUGCUAUUCUCAUCAACCUACAGUGCCCAACAACUCAGAUCUGUGUGUCCAAGUGCCCUGACAAAUUUGCUACUUUUACUGCGAUGCAACUGCAGCACAAACUUGGCAACAGUUCUUGGGAGUAUUACAGACAGUUCUGUAAACCUGGCUUUGAUGAUCCUGAGAAGCCAGUAUCUCAGGUCCUACGAGACGAGGAUUGUCCCUCGAUGAUUGUGCCAAGUAAACCAUAUCUUCAGAGGUGUCUGCCAGAUGUCCUCACUCUUAAUGAGACUGUGACUGUGGCAAAUAAGACGAAGUCCAAAGAAGCCCUUGAAAUAGCACAUAGUGUGACUGAACUCCAAGAUGUUGCCAGUGGAAUAAGAGGACUGGUGGAUACUCAGCAGCUCGGGCAGAAGAUAGUGGAAGAUUUUCGGAAGUCGUGGCCAUGGAUUCUUGUUGGUCUGCUGAUGUCCUUGGUUUUCAGUCUCAUCUUCAUCGUUCUGCUGAGGUUCACCGCUCGGCUACUGUUGGGGACUACCAUUGUAACCGUCAUGCUACUUCUGUCAUACGGUUUGUGGUUCUGCUCUGUGGAGUUAAGCAAGCUGGGACAAAGUCAAGGUUCUGAUGUGUCCAUUGUGGACGUCGGUCUGCAAACGGAUAUCAAAGUCUAUCUGCAGCUGAAACAAACAUGGAUCAUUUUAUUGAUGUCCCUUGGAAUGACAGAAGUUUCAGUCUUUUGCAUACUGGUCAUCAUGAGGAGGAGAGUGGAGCUGGCCGUUGUCCUCCUGAAAGAGGCCAGCAGAGCUAUCGGUCACAUCAUGUCGACUCUCUUCUACCCAGUGAUCACAUCUCUCUCUCUUGCUUUGUGUGCUUCCUACUUCACUAUUACUGCCUUUAAUUUAGCAUCCUCAAGUGAAGCCAUCUAUAAAGUCAUAUCUCCUGAUGUGAGAUGUCCUCAUUCCAAUGGCACCUGCAACCCAGAGACAUUCAACAGAAGCAGCAUCUCCAAAGAAACAGGGUGUCUGGGUUCUCAGUGUCUGUUUGCAUUGUAUGGAGGGGAGACGCUGUACCACCGCUACCUCUUCCUGCUUCAGCUUUCCAACCUGCUCAUCUUUCUCUGGUUGGUUAACUUCAGCUUGGCCUUGGAACAGUGCACUCUUGCUGGAACAUUUUCCAGCUACUACUGGGCCAGGAGGAAGCCUCAGGAUGUACCUCCUUGUUCACUGUUUUCAGCUUUCAGCACGGCUGUCAGGUAUCACACAGGGUCUUUGGCCUUUGGAGCUCUGAUUCUCUCUGUUGUCCAGCUUUUCCGGAUCAUACUAGAAUACCUGCAGCAGAAACUGAAAGGUCUUGACAACAGACUGUCCAGGUUUCUAAUAUGCUGUCUUCAAUGCUGUUUCUGGUGUUUGGAAAAAUUCCUUUGCUACAUGAACCGAAACGCUUACAUCAUGAUGGCAAUCUAUGGCAAGAAUUUCUGUACCUCGGCCAGAGAGGCCUUCUUUCUUCUCAUGAGGAAUAUGGUCAGGGUUGCUGUUCUGGACAGAGUCACUGAUUUUCUCUUAUUUCUGGGCAAAGUCAUGAUAGCAGGAGGAAUUGGUGUGGUAGCAUAUUUUUUCUUCACAAGAAAAAUGCCACUUCUUCAGGAACAAGCGCCCAAUCUCAAUUACUAUGAGCUUUCAAUAAUGACGAUAGUGGUGGGUGCCUACCUGAUUGCUCAUGGCUUCUUCAAUGUUUAUACCACAUGUGUGGACACCUUUUUCCUCUGCUUCUGUGACGACCUAGAGAGGAACGACGGGAGCUCAGAAAAACCUUUCCUCAUGUCCCCAGAGUUGCACAGGAUUCUGGGAAAACAUUGAGAUGCAUUGAGAUGCAUCAAUGUAACAGCGACUCUGCAAGCAACAUGGUCAAUCCUCAAAGUGUGAGGGUCAAAGGCUACGUUCACACUGUUUACACAAAGUAUCGGAUGGGUCACCACCAAAACCAGCCUGAAUUUUAUCCAUUAUAGGAUCGGAAAUUAAAUCAGUGGUGUAGCACAUCACUAGAGCACACACUGCAGCAAACUUUACUUCCGUAAACACACGGAAAUGCGUGUGACCUUGUGCUUUUGUGCAUGCAAGUCACUUUCCAGACCCUUUGCGUUCACAUUAACAAGUCACAUUUUUUUUGGGCAUUGGGCAUUAUACCCUGCAGGGUGAACGUAGCCAAAAAGGCCUUUGGAUGGACACAACCACUGCAUGUCUCUUGGUGACACCCUUAAGGAAGCCUGAUACCUACAUUAGUAAGAUCUUGCAAUGCAGAUAUCAUAAAGAAAACUCCAAAUUAACGCAGCUGCUUUUCUUCUCACUGUGAGGCAACAAAAGCUGGAUUCAUUUGCACUGCCAAGUGAAAUUGUGCAUUUACUGUACCACUUUCACUUCAUCCAUCACUUUUACUACACUUAUAAAUCCUGAUAUAAGUCUGGAAUGAUUGCGUACUUUGUCACAUGAUGCUGUGAAACAUCACUGUUGUUUUUUGACGAUGGAUGUGCAUAUGUGUGCCAUACAAUGACAAAUAAUUGCUAAUCUGGUGACUAAAAAACACUUUAAAACUGCCAGUAGGGUGUGGGGGGGUUUAAGUCAGAAAUGGCUGAAAUCUACAUUUCUAUGCUAUGUGUAGAUGAGGAUCAAACCAGCAACCAUCACGUUGGGAGACAGCCACGCUACCACCUGAGCCUUCCACUGUACACAGAACAAGCAGAAGAUCACAUGCAAUGUUAAAUGUAAACUGCAUUUCUACCAACAGGGGGUGACAUUGAAAUUGUUUAUUCAUUUACAACGGGAAAAUUGUGACAGAAAAUACUGAAUUGUAUAAAAUGUGGAAAUGUCUUUGAAAAUUUCUGAUAGCCAGACGGUGGAAUUUCAAAUGUUGAAAAGGAAAACUGCAGAUUGAAUGUUGAAAUCUUACCGUGGUUGAACGAUUACAGCUGGACCAAUAAUGAAACUGUUACGAUGGUGUUUGUCGCUCUGCUGCCGCCUUGUGUCUGUUUGCUCUCUGUGCAGCUUCAGCCGGUGUGGGUGGAGUUCCCAGCACACACCUGCUGACAAUCUCAUCAAGCACCCUUUAUAUACCCAGCGGCAACGAGAAGCCAGUGCCAGAUUGUACUCCUUGCUACCUGUUCCGCUUCGUCCGGCUCCUUACCUGUUCCCCGCUUUCUGGCUCACCCUUGUCCCUCUGCUUAGUACUAUUUCCUGUUACACUAGUUAUUGUUCCUGCUCAGGUUUGCCUGCAGUAUUUCUUAGUUACAUUCUAGUUAUUCCUGUCAGCCUUCUGCUGGCAGCGUUUUGUGUUUUUCUACUUUUGGUUUGUGACUUUCCCUUGUGUUGUACUUUUCCCGCUCGGGACACUUUAU